UUAAAGUGCAGUGCUGUUUGCACCAGCUGGUAACAGUAAGUUGAAACUGGAAGUAACUUUAGCUUUCAUUUUGAUAGCGCAGGCAGCUCCACCACAUUCGGCAGUCAGACAAGCUGUGGUAGAAGCUCUUAAGCCUUUUCCUAAAUCUACUGGCUUCAACAAGAAGGAUGCUCUUAAAUGUCCUCCUUUUUAUCCAGUUCUUCAGCUGUAGCCAAGCCUUCUUUACUGUGGAAAUAAGCAGUCCCAGCUACCAGGCGGAGCUCUAUGGAGAUGUUGCUUUGGAGUGCCGAUUCCCACCAGGAGAUGGGACAGUUCCCCUGUCGGUGUUUUGGGGACGCCUGCAACCAGGGCAAAACUUGGUGGUUUACAACAUGAUUAACGGGCAGGAGGACUUGAACUCCCAGGAUUUCAGCUACAGAGGAAGGGUUAAUCUGAAGAAGGAGGAGCUCAGCAAGGGCCGAGCUGUGCUACAUAUCUCGCACCUCAGGAUGAAUGACUCUGGGAGAUAUCAAUGCCUGCUGGAGAUGGGGAGCGUUGACUACAAACAGACCACUCUCACAGUCAAAGCCUCUUACAGGAACAUCACUGCCACAAUAUUGCAGAGCUGCUCACAGCCAGCGGGUCAGGUGAUGCUCGAGUGUCACGCUGAAGGGUUCCCUCUGGCCCAGGUACACUGGACUGAUGCCUUCGGUGUUCAUCUCCCCACUGCUUCAAUAAAUACCUCCCACAAAAUGUCCACAGAUGGACUGUUCGUGGUGAUGAGUAGAGCCAUACUCAGCGCCAGCUGUGGUGAGGCAUACAGCUGUGUGUACGUCACUGAUCAAGAAAAGACCUCGGCGUCUCUCUAUUUGUCCACAACAAAAUCUUCGUCAGUUUCCAAGCUGUCCGGUGCAGUAGUGGCUGUCGUCUGUAUACUGAGUGUAGCACUAUGUGCAUUAGUUCUGCUUGUAGUGUUCAAGAAGUACACCCUUUGGUCUCCACAAGGCACAAAAAGGAAAAAACAUGUACUGGGAUCUGAUAAAAGCCACCAAUCACUCUCAGGGAACACAGAGGAAACGGCAAAAGAGGGAGAUGCCUACGAGUUCCAGGGACUCCAAAGUAUUCAGUCAGGACAAGCAAGUGUAUUAAUGUCAUGAACAUGCAACUUGAGGAUGAACUGGUGGUUCUGCAUUUUCAGUGUGUGUCAACCAACGCAGAGUCAAAUUAGCCAAUGCAGCCUUUGCACAUUAUUUCACUUAUAACUGUGAUGUGUUAGGACUAUUUGCUAAAAUAAGCAUAAUGUGAUAUAAAAAUAAAAUGCCUCGAUAGUUUUACCUGGGCGUUCAUCUGAAUUUCAGCUGCAAAUUAUAGCUGGUUUCCUCAGUAGGUUAAUCACACAAGAUUCAUACGUAGUGUCAUUUGAUUUUCAGAGGUAAACCAAGUACUAAUUAAAACCCACUAA